AUGUCUCAACUCAUUCUUCGUACUUUUGGUUUUCUCUAUGUGAUUUUAUCCCUCAUUACAAUGAUUACACCAAAUAUGGUGGCCAAUUCGUUUUUCCAACAAUAUUUCCACCAUCUAGAUAUUGAUAAUUAUUCUCUGAUUAUUAUGGAUUUGUUCCGAUUGAUUGGAGUUUUUGUUUUUAUUAGUGGCGCCUUGAUGAUUGGAAUUUCGAGAAGCAAGUUGGAAUCUUUGACAUUUUUCAAUGUGGCCUUUAUGAUUUUCUCAGUGAUUGGUUUGCUUUAUUCGGUAUUUCAUGCAGUGUUGAGUAGGGAAUUUCGUUGGAAGUUUACAUCAUCAGCUUGUUUGGUGAUUGUCUUUCUUGCUCAGGUCAUUUCAAUGGGAUAUUCAAUGUUUGCCUCGUCGAGGAGAAGAAAUCAACACAGCACCUCAUUGCCAUCUUCGAAUAGUUAUAGUAUGGGUUUUAACAAUCAAUCAUCAACUCCUUACAAUCCAAAUAUUCACACAAAUUAUUAUAAUGCACAACCACAAAUGCAUCAACAACAAUAUCAACAAGCUUCUUGGAAUACUAAUAGUAGUGCUUUUGGACAAAGUUACAAUGGAUUUAAUAAUGGUGGAGGAUUUGGUCAAUCUGGCUUUGACACCUCUUUUGGUUCGGAUAUGAGAAAGAGAGUUUAA